UCAAGCUUCUCAAUCCGUGUCGCACUUGUCCUAAUCCUCCUAGCGCUUUGUCCGUGCAGCAGUCACAAUUGAUUGUGCGCAAUGUUUCACUCAAACCACAGUGCCAAUGACCUCAUCUCCUCCAGUGAGCAACCAAUUCUUCAGCAUCCCAUCUUCCAUGACGUUAGCUUUGAUUUCAAACAAGAAGACCCUCCUUUCUCUCUCUCCAACUUCCCCUCUCCCUCCAUCUUCUACGGCGAUGAUAGCGAGGGUGGUGCUUUUCUUCAAGUUCACAACAAUCUCUUGUCAGAAGGGCAGCAACCAUUGAACACUCCUCACCAAAUGACCGAUCCAGUGACCUUUUUCUCCGGCGGUUGCAUCGGAUACAGCGCCGGAAUGAACCCCGAAGAGAGUGGUGAGCGGGUUGUUCCGGCAGAGCGGUUCUCGAAGAAGGAUCGGCACAGCAAGAUCAACACCGCUCAAGGCAUGAGAGACCGGAGGAUGAGGUUGUCCGUUGAAGUCGCUCGCGAGUUCUUCAGUCUUCAGGACAUGCUCGGGGUCGACAAAGCUAGCAAAACUAUCAAGUGGUUGCUGGUGAAGUCGACGCCCGCCAUUAAAGAAUUAGCUACGGGCCUUCAGAAGACGAACGACGGCGAAAGCAUCCCUAUUGUGGGUGCUCCUUGCACAUCAGAGCGCGAAGUGACGCCUCAAAUAGGCAAAAUCGCUAAGGGUCGUCAGCAACAGACGAUUGGAAAAAAGAGGAAGGUCAAACAAUCGCGAAAGACUGUGUUUUGCCCUACGGUGAGAGAGUCAAGGGCAAAGGCGAGGGAAAGAGCAAAGCAAAGAACAAGGGCGAAGACGAUCCUUCAAAAACUCAAUAGAGGGGAUCGACCUUGGGACGAAUUGACCGAGAGCGAUCUGAACGGCCGACUACUAUCCAAUUGUUCCAUUGGAACUAGUGAUGACUCUGGAAAUCGAGGAAGCGGCGUCGAAGUUACUAACAUCGAUGUGCAAGUUCAAUUUGAAGGAGAAAGUUCUUAUGAUCAGAAGACAAUGGCUGAUGAUUCAUCUGAAAUUCACAACUUCAACCAUGCACAAAGCGCCCAAGUAGAGCAUCAGUUCACUGAAUCUGAAUUGUUUUGCAUGCCAUGGGAAGGCUACUCUGACCAAUAUAUGCGCUAAGUUGGACAAUUUCUAAGCACUUCUCUCCAUGUCAAGAAGGGGAAUUUUUUUCCGGAAUCAGCCCCUACACCAACCAGAAUAUUGCAUCCGUUUCUGUCUGGAUUUACUUGGAUUGUUGCUGCAACUGUAAAAAGACCUAAGUCGCGUUAUUUUUGUGGUAAAUUCUCUUUCUAUUUGUGGAUAUGGUGAUGUUUUAGAAGGGAUAAUGGGAAGAAUUUAGGUUACCAUGCUUCUGCUAAGCUGCUCCAAGAGAACUUAAUAUCUGUGCUAUAUCCAAGUUUGUGGACCUUGAUGCUUGUUUUCCUUUUUGUGUCAUCCUAGUAGACAUCUCAACAUGCAUCAUCUGAAUUAUAGGAAGGCAUUAACUACAAUCCUGUUUGAUGACUCAAUUGACCGUCGAAAAUCACAACUUUGAGCACCGAAGAAGAUUGAGCAAUUUGAC